AUUUUAACUGUAUUUUAAUAAUUCUCGUAAUUUAUCCUAAUUCUCAUAUUUUACACGUAGUUUCCUCGUCUCCUCGACGACAGCCGAUAAAACUCUUAUACUUUGAUGAUUGAUAUCUAACAUAUUUCCCCCCAAUUUGUACUAUUUACUGUUUUUCUUCAGCAUACACACUUCCUUGCCUUCUUCCCGAUUUGUAGAUUUACUUCUCCUCUUGCUGGUUCUCUCGAUUUGCACAGCCUUAUCUUCGUCUUCCCCAAAACCCUAGCUCUUAAGAGCUUUUCUACAUAAGCUCCGAAACAAGGCAUAAUCCGAAUCCCGUAAAUCUUGUUAGAUUCGGGUUGCACUCUCGUCACCCAGCUGCUGCUCUAGGUCCAGUGUUCUUCCCGACAAAAUCAUGGUAACUGUCUCAAUCCCCUGUCUUUUUAAUAAUCUAUUAGAUUCCAAUUUGGACCCAUUUGCAUAUCGAUUCUCUUCGGCUUGGCAUAUUCGAAAGUUACUCAAUGAUCUCCACUUCGUCGUCAAUACGUAGACAAGACUUUCAUUGAGGUCGGAGUUGGAACACAUUAUGUAACCCGUUCGUGGGUAGUUUCCGUUGAUUUCCGCUCAAUUGGAGAGAUAUCAAAUACGUUCGGCAUAUGAUGAAUUUGAGUGUUUGACUACCUUAGGCAUUGUUCGUGUUACUUCCAAAUCUUGGGACUCCUUUCCAAUGUUGUGGUCUUUUGGGGUUACUGAAAGAUUCUUCCUUUCCGUUUUGGGAAUUCCGAAUUUCUGAUGGGUACUUAGCUUUUUGCUUUUGUUUUUUUCGUAUCUGGAAUGCAUAUGGAACACGAUCAAUUGCAGAAAGACCCGAUGUAAUAUUUAAAUCCGAAAGAAACGAUGGCAUUUUCAUGCUUGCUAGAAGUAGCUGCACUGAGCUUGCUUUAGAUAUGAAGUUUGAGUCUUAAAUAGCAGAGAUAUUCUGCAUCAUUUCAGAACUUGAUUUAUGCUGAACCUUUUGUCGAACUUAGUGUUCUCUCUUUUUGUUAUUUAAGCAGGAUGAGAAUAAAACUCGGAGCAAGCAUUCCCUUUUGUUAGUGUAUCAGAGCUUUGGCAUAGUGUUUGGGGACUUGGCCACUUCCCCUCUCUAUGUCUAUAGAAGUGCAUUUGCUGGAAGGUUGCGCCAUUAUCAAUCUGAAGAGGCAGUUUUUGGGGCUUUCUCCGUCAUAUUUUGGACCCUCUCUUUCUUUUCAUUGUUUAAAUAUGCCGUCUUCAUGCUUAGUGUAAAUGAUAAUGGUGAAGGUGGAAUUUUUGCUCUAUAUUCACUUCUUUGCAGGCAUGGGAAGUUUUCUUUGCUCCCUAAUCAACAAGCUUCAGAUGAGGAGCUUUCAACUUAUCAGCAUGCGGGUUACUCAAAUAGAAGUGUGCCUGCCUCUUCGUUCAGAAGGCUUCCUGACCGUGAUAAGAAGUCAAAGUUAGCUCUACUUAUACUGGUCCUGAUGGCUGCUAGUAUGGCCAUGACUCUUGGUGUCCUUACACCAGCUAUAUCUGUUGUUUCAUCCAUCGAAGGACUCAAAGUUCAAUCCAAUGAUCUGAAUCACAGAAUUAUGGUUGCCCUUGCAGGUGUUUUAUUACUCAGCCUUUUCGUUCUGCAAUAUCAAGGCACACAUAAGGUGGCUUUCAUCUUUUCUCCAGUUGUUCUUCUGUGGCUGUUGUCCAUUGCCGCUCUUGGUGUCUACAACAUCAUGCACUGGAAUCCUAGAAUAUACGAGGCUCUUUCUCCAAUAUACAUCUACAGGUUCUUCAGACUCACUGGAAUCGAUGGUUGGAUUUCUCUUGGAGGUGCAUUAUUAUGUAUCACUGGAAUUGAUAUUUUGUUUACUGAGGUUGGCCAGUUUUCAGCUUCAUCGAUAAGGGUUGCUUUCUGCUUCUUUGUAUACCCAUGUUUAGUUCUUCAAUAUAUGGGACAAGCUGCAUUUCUUUCAAAGAACUUCUCUGCUAUAUCCUUGAGUUUCUAUGCGUCAGUUCCAGAUGCAGUUUUCUGGCCAGUUUUAGUUAUAGCAAUUCUGGCUACAGUAGUUGUUAGUCAAGCUGUGUUAUCUGCCACAUUUUCCACUGUCAAACAGUGUCAUGCGCUAGGGUGUUUCCCUCGUGUCAAGAUUGUGCACAAAUCAAAGUGGAUUGAUCGUCAGAUAUACGUCCCUGAGAUAAACUGGAUCCUUAUGGUUCUCUGUUCGGCAGUGACUCUGGGUUCUCAAGAUACCACCCGCAUCGGAAAUGCCUAUGGGAUAGCAUCAAUGACUCUGAUAUUCAUCACCACAUCCCUAAUCUCCUUGUCCAUCUACUUCGUAUGGCACAAGGGUCUCGCUCUCGCCCUUUCAUUCUUCAUCCUCUUCGGAACAAUCGAGCUGACCUUCCUCUUCUCAUCCUACAUAAGAAUCCUCCAGGGUGGAUGGGUUCCACUUCUUCUCUCUUCCAUCUUCCUGUUCACCAUGUUCGUGUGGCACUACGGCAGCAGAAAGAAAUACUUGUAUGAUCAAAACCACAAGCUUCCCAUGAAAUGGAUCCUCACUCUUGGUUCAGAUCUCGGCAUUGUAAGAGUCCCUGGUAUAGGUCUCAUAUACACUCACUUAGCAAACGGAGUCCCUGCCACUUUCUCCCAUUUCCUAACCAAUUUACCAGCAUUCUACCAAAUCAUUGUCUUUGUCUGUGACAAAACUGUCCCUGUUCCUUUUGUCCCACAAAAGGAGCGAUACCUUGUUGGAAGAAUAGGCCCUAAAUCCUACAGAAUGUACCGUUGUAUCGUCCAAAAUGGGUACAAGGAUGUUAAUGAAAACGAGAACGAGUACGACUUCGAGAAUGCUCUGAUUAUGAGCAUUGCAGAGUUCAUCCAGCUAGAAGCAGAAGGCGGAGGAAGUGGGACACCCGACGGUGGGUCCAUAGGGGGUCGACUAGCUGUUGUCAAAUCUUCUGAGAAUUUUGGGAAGAGAUUUGGGAUCUCAAAGUCUAACGGGUUUGAAGGAACCAGCAGCAGCUCGUUGAACAUAACCAGCAGCAAGUCUGCAACACUGCUGAAGCUGAAGAUGAUGUACGAUGAGCAGGAGUCACCUGAGGUGAAGUUCAAGACGAGGGUACAGCUGACGUUGGUCGAUACGAGGUACAAGGACUCGUUUGUGAAGGAAGAAGUGAUGAGACUGAUGGAAGCUAAGAAGUUCGGUGUGGCGUAUGUGAUAGGGCAUUCGAACAGCAAGGCGAAGUGGAACUCACCGUUCUUGAAGAGGUUCCUGAUCAACAUUGUGUACUCGUUUUUGCGGAAGAACUGUCGCGCGCCUUCGAUAGCUCUGUCGAUUCCUCAGACUUCGUUGAUCGAGGUUGGUAUGAACUACACUCUGUAAGUUUCAGAACUGUUGUUCUAUACCUGUUGAUUCCAGACAGGUGUAUGUAUGUGUAACACUUGUUUGUUGGUUUCAUUGAAGUUCUGGUUUUGUGGAGUUCUUUGCAUUUUGUCCAUCCACAUCAAUUUGAAGAAUCAUCUACAGUUAUUAUAUGAUGUAUUGAUAAAUAGCAGCAGGGGACUGGUUGGUAUGUUCCCCUUUUCAAGAGCGUUUUAUUAUUUGAAAAGACACGAGAAGAUAAUGCAAGCUCGAGUAAUCUCAAAUCUGGCAAUAAUGAAACGGACAAGGCUUCGUUUGUCUAAACUUUUUUUCAUUCCUUGUCUCUCUUUGAAGCAGAAGUUCAAUAGAUUAAUGUGUAUUUUUUUUUUUUUGGAUAGUACAACAAGGAAAUCAAGCAAAAUGAGGAAUGCGCCAAUCACGUUUUCUAUACAGUAACAUUUUUUUAUUACAUUCCGACUGAAUGGCUUCAAUUAUGGAAUUAAAAUUAUUCAUAUGA